UGGGCCAAGAGACAUCAGGACGAAACAAUUCUGAAGUGUAGUGUUAGUCUGAGGGAAAUUUUAAAGAGUAAUGGUAGUAGUAGGUCAUAAUUUACUAAUAAACUGGGUCGUGAGUUACAGGGCCCUUUUGAAUACCGAACAUCUGAAUCAACGCAUGCAGUCACUAGAUGGCGCACUUCUGUUGAGAAACAUUCAAAGGUCGAACGACUGUCAAAAUGGAAUCCAACUCUAAACUGGAGAAUAGUUUUAAAGUGAAACCCUAUCCAGUGGAUCUACAUGUUCGGCACUAUGACGAGUUGAGCACAGGAUAUGACGAAUACCUGUCCAGUGUCAAGUCAGGUGGUGCCCUGCCUAUCAUCCUUCCUCAUGGAGAGAAAGUGGAAGUAACUUGCGAGAACAUUGGCCGGCUUGCGUUUCUGAGAGAUGCUGAUCUAUCACAUUUCAUUCUUGCUCUCCACACACCUGAGGAUGAAACCCAAGUGGUUGCUGUGUACUUGCAAGGCGAAUGGUGGCCUGUUGGUGAUGUUUUGAAGACCUCGAACAAAUCAAGACGUGGACUUGUGUUAGUGGAGUCAGUUAUGGAGAGAGUUGUGCUUUUCAUGCUUAGUCAAGUUAUUUUUGGAAUUCUGGAAAGGCCUCUCGGAGAAGACCUGUAUUUUUCUGUUUAUUCCAUGCGGGAACAUGGCAAAAUUCUCUGGCAAAAUGGAGAAGCAGUAGGGUUUUACACCGUUAAGAAAAAAGGCAGCCUGUGUGACAGCUGCACUGGCCAGAGUUAUCAGCUCCCUGUGCUGGACUCAGUGUUUGUUCGCUCUCACUGGAGAAGGACUGGACUCGCUUUACAGAUGCUGGAGGAUUUCUGCUCGUCUCAACCCUCUGAGGCCGUUCUGGGAAUUAGCUUUCCUUUGUCUCCUGGCAUGUAUGGAGUUUGCAAGAAGUUUCUCGGGAUCCACGAAGAAGAAAGAGGCCGUCUCUAUGAGGUGGAAGCGCCGGGUGGAUGGGCUCAGAGACGCAAUGUGUGGUUAAAUAUCCAGCUGCGCGACUUUCCAAAGCACUGUGGAAAUUCAGAGCAGAGUCCACCAUACUCAUGUAGUCAGGAAAGAAGUGAAGCUAAUUUAGAGGAAGAGGGGAUUCUGCAACAAUGUGAAUCAGUCAGUCUCAAAGACACAUCAAGCUCAGGAAAGAAGCGACCUGCGGAUCAAACCAACACAGGGACUAACCUUAAAAAAGCCAGGACUUAACAUUCAUUUAUUAAAUGCAUCAAGAAAUAUUUCAGAUAUGCAAUGUACAUUUAGUCCAUAACAGAUAGCCUAAAUAUUCAAGAUUGAACUCUGUAUGCUCAUGUGCUCGUAAGUAUGUAGAUGUUAGUAGUAAGUUUGCAAUGUCUAUCUAAGAUUUGCAUUUGGAACUGCCUUAACAAUCUCAGGUAUUGUCAUACUAUAAAGCUUACAAAAACAUUUAUUGCUGAUUGCCAAAUGGUAAACAGAAAGUCAUACCAACUGUAUCUGGAUAGAAAUGAACAGGUUUCAUUGCUAUAGCCACAUAGCGGCAAAUAUUCUCUAAUUCUGACUACGUUUUAUUGAUCAUAUAAAGAAGAUGCAGCUAGACUAGAUCAAUACUCUCUCUCUAAAAAUAAAUAAAUAUAUGAUAUGCU